AUGACCGGGAGUGACAAAAGAAAGCUGCUAGUAGUGGGGAAAAGCUUAAAACCUCGAUGUUUUAAAAAUAUGUCUAUAAAUAAAAUGCCAGUGCAUUACCACGCGAAUAAAAAUGCAUGGAUGACUUCAACCAUAUUUUCAAACUGGCUAUAUGAAUGGGAUAAGGAAUUGCAAGCAAAAUCUAGGUCCAUACUUCUUCUUAUUGAUAACUAUGCUGCACAUCCAAAAAACGUUCAACUCAAAAACAUCACUUUAGAACUUUUGCCCCCAAAUACGACAUCCUUAAUCCAACCCUCAGAUAUGGGUAUUAUCAAAAACCUCAAGGUGAGAUAUAGAAUGAAACUAGUUCAUAUUAUUCUAGAAAAAAUUGAGGAAAACCUGUUUGAUCAAUCUGCAACUGCUAAUCAAAUAAGUGGCAAAAUAAACAUAUUACAAGCGAUACAGUUUGUAUCGGAGAGUUGGCGAGAAGUUAGCUGUUUAACUAUUAUGAAUUGUUUCGCUCAUUGUGGAUUUUCUAAUUUUAUUGGUCCACAACCUGAGUUGACUGAGUUGGAUAAACAAUUUUUAUUUGUUCAAAACCAUAACGAAUUUGAAAACAUUGAUGAAAAUGCUCCCUGUUUUAAUGAUAAAUUGAGGAACUGCCACAGAUGCUCUACGGAGGCAAAAAAAAUGUUUAAAAGUGGAGCUGGAGCCGAGACAGUUAAACAAUGGAAACAAAAUUAA